GUCCUCGGAGCUGUGCGUUAACCCCUUUAUCCCCGCUGCGGGGUAGCCCUCGUGGUGACGACCUUCUGCCUAAGGUAUCGGGACAAUGGAAUGAAGGAGGGGAAGAUUUGUCAGGAGACUAGGCAAAUGGCUUGCCAAGGUAUAAAUACGCUGAGGCGACAGUGUUCAUCCGUCAUCGUCUCCACGUCAUCCAGUUGAAACAGACACCUUCCGCGCCAACCUGACAAGCUCUCAAGCUCAUCUUGAACCGUCAUCAUGGCUGCCAAUCCUUACCUCACGGCGGGGCUUAAGAAGUCGAUCGAGGACUCCAAAUGUGAGUAUCGGCGACUGGGGAACAGCGGCCUGAAGAUCUCAGUGCCCAUCUUCGGGUGCAUGAGCUUCGGCGACCCGCGGACGCUGGACUGGGCCAUUGGCGAGGAAGAGGCGCUUCCUCUGCUCAAAGCGGCCUACGACAGGGGCCUCAACACGUGGGACACGGCCAACAUGUACUCGAACGGGGCGUCCGAGAUCAUCGUCGGGAAGGCGCUCAAGAAGUACAACAUCCCGCGGGAGAAGGUGGUCAUCAUGACCAAGUGCUUCUUCGCCGUGGGCGAGGAGCCCGAGCUGCGGGCCUACUUCGCCCGCGACCAGCUUGCCGUGUCCAAGGACUACGUCAACAACUUCGGCCUCUCGCGGGCGGCUAUCUUCAACCAGGUCGAGGCGUCGCUCAAGCGGCUCGACACGCCGUACAUCGACCUGCUCCAGAUCCACCGCUUCGACCCGGACACGCCGAUCGAGGAGACCAUGAAGGCGCUGCACGACCUCGUCCAGGCCGGCAAGGUGCGCUACAUCGGCGCCAGCAGCAUGUGGGCGACGCAGUUUGCGCGCAUGCAGUUCUGCGCCGAGCGCAACGGCUGGACCAAGUUCGUCAGCAUGCAGAACCAGUACAACCUCCUCUACCGCGAGGAGGAGCGCGAGAUGAACCGCUUCUGCAACGACACGGGCGUGGCGCUGGUCCCCUGGGCGCCGCUCUGCAGAGGGCACCUGGCUCGCCGCCCGGAGCAGUACGGCACGACUACUCGCAGCAAGGGCGAGAAGCAGAACGCGCCCGGGGCGCACGGGACGGUGGAGCCCGACUUGACCAUCAUCAAGCGGGCGGUCGAGAUUGCUGACAAACAUGAGUGGCCGAUCUCUCAUGUUGCGUUGGCGUGGAUCAACAAACGGGUCACAAGCCCCAUCAUUGGCUUCAGCAAGCUUGAGCGACUGGAAGAGGCCAUCUCAGCGAGAGGGAAGGUGCUGACGGAUGAAGAGGAGAAGUACCUCGAGGAGCUCUACCAGCCAAAGCCGAUCAAUGGUCACUCGUAGGUUCGCCCAAGCUCAAGUUCAGGCUUCCACUGCCUAGCUGGGCGAU